AACAUAAUUUAAUUACCGCAUAGUCCAUUUUUUUGUCCAGUGUUAUAUGUCUAAAGAAAAAGAUAUUUGAAAGCACGUCACUUACUUAUUAUUUGUAUAAAAAAGCAUUGUUGGUCAAAAAUAUAUCAGGUUUAUCAUGCUGCCUUUAUUGACCAAGCUUCUUCGGCGCUCUUAUUCAACUAAAUUGAGCGGAUCCCAGAUGGCUUUAAUGGCGCGUGGAUUGCCAAGAAAGAAGCCCAUUAUUGGAGUGCAGGACAUAAUAGUCGUCGCGUCUGGAAAGGGAGGUGUAGGCAAAAGCACCGUUGCAGCCAAUUUCGCCUGCAGCAUGGCCAGAUUGGGAAAACGAGUCGGCUUGUUGGACGGAGAUAUUUUCGGACCUACUGUCCCCCUUCUUAUGAAUGUCCAAAAUGAGCCAGUUGUGAACGAUAGGAAUCUUAUGAUUCCGGCCCAAAAUUACAAUGUAAAAUGCUUGUCCAUGGGCAUGCUUACACCUUUGGAGUCCUCUGUUAUAUGGCGCGGACCUCUGGUAAUGUCGGCCAUACGACGGCUGUUAAAAGGAACUGAAUGGGGACUGUUAGAUGUUUUGAUUAUAGAUACACCGCCGGGAACUGGAGAUGUGCAUCUUUCAAUAUCUCAAGAAGCACCUAUCACAGGUGUCAUCUUGGUAACAACUCCUCAUACUGCUGCUAUACAAGUGACCUUGAAGGGUGCAAGGAUGUACGAAAAGUUGGAAGUUCCUAUCUUUGGUGUAGUGGAAAAUAUGGCUUAUAGCAUCUGUAAAAACUGCAAUCAACGAAUGGAUUUCUCUCAUAACAACUUUAUGAAUUCUCUACCGCGUAAGCUAAUUUCUCUCCCGCUAGACUCUCACAUAGCAGAAAGCAACGAGAAAGGCGUGCCUGUUGUUAUAAAGCAUCCGGAUAGCGACUAUACAAAUUUAUUUACACAAAUGGCCAGACAGAUUUUGGAAAUUCUUGAAAAAAAAAAUUCAAUCAAACCAAAGAAAAAUAUUGAGUCCUAAAAGAAGCAACAUAAGUCGUCCGCAAAUUAUUUCUUGCAUAUGUAUAUUUAUGUCUUAAUUUUAAAUAGCUGACGAAUUGUUAGAGAUAUAACGAAAUAAAAAGUAUAACGAAUUCAUUAACAUCAA